AUGGAAACUGAUCGCAGUUGGAUGUACAAGGGCCGUCGAAAGCGUGGCGAAGUUACUGCUGAGUGGAUAUCGAAGACUACAGAAUUUCUUGACAAGGCAUUCAGCAGGGAGACAGGACGUGCUGGUGUGUUGUGUCCUUGUAACUACUGCAACAACACACGUCCUCAAACAAGAGAUAUGAUGAUGAAACACCUUUGCAAAUUUGGUUUCAGGGCAGCAUAUACUGUGUGGGUUUAUCAUGGUGAGACAUAUCCUGCACGUGAAAGCGAUAUAUGCCAAAGCAUUGAAGAUGAAGAUAGGGUGGCAGAGAUUGAUCGGAUGGAUGAGAUGAUAGAUGAUGUCCAUGAUGCUUAUGUCUCAGUUGAGGAGGAAGAUCCGGAGCCUACAGCGCAAGCUUUCUUUCAAAUGCUGUCUGCAGCAACUCAACCUCUCCACGAACACACACAGGUAUCACAACUUGAUGCUAUCACACGACUACUAGCUGUCAAGUCUCAGUAUGCUAUAUCAAUUGCUGGAUUUGAUGCACUUUUAAAUGUGAUAUGUGCUCUCCUCCCACAAAGGCACAAACUACCAGCAAACUUGUAUGAGGCAAAGAAAGUUCUUAGUGCAUUGAACAUGCCAUAUGAGAAGAUAGAUGCAUGCCCUAAAAAUUGCAUGCUCUUUAGGAAAGAGAAUGCGCAGAAGACGCACUGUGAUAAGUGUGGAGAGAGUAUGUAUGUGGAGGUUGAAGACAGAAAUGGUCACAAGAAACAAUUAACUGUUGUCAGGAAGGUACUUCGUUAUCUUCCAUUCAUCCCAAGAAUUCAGCGGCUAUACAUGUCUGAAUCGCAGGCCAAGCAAAUGACAUGGCACAAGAAUGGUCAUCGGUACCAUCCUGACAAGAUUGUACACCCAGUUGAUGGUGAGGCCUGGAAGAAAUUUGAUAGAAACUUCACAGGCUUUUCAAUGGAAGCCCGCAAUGUUAGAAUAGCAAUAGCAACAGAUGGGUUCUGUCCAUUUGGUAUGGGUUCUUCUUCGUACACUUGCUGGCCUAUGUUUGUCAUUCCUCUAAACCUUCCACCUGGUGUUUGCAUGCGGCAGCACAACAUGUUCCUUACCUUGAUAAUUCCUGGGCCAAAUUAUCCUGGCAAACACAUUAGUGUAUUCAUGGUACCCUUAGUUGAUGAACUUAUACAUGCUUGGCAGCAAGGUGUGUUGACAUAUGAUCGUGCCACCAAGACGAAUUUCAACAUGCGAGUCUCCUUUCUUUAUUCUAUCCAUGACCUUCCAGCAUAUGGUAUAUUUUCCGGUUGGUGUGUGCAUGGAAAGAUGCCAUGCCCAACAUGUAUGGAGGCACUCCAAGGAAAAAUGUUGAAGUUUGGUGGAAAGUACUCAUUCUUUGAUUGUCAUCGCCAGUUCCUCCCAAUUGAUCAUAGUUUUAGAAGUGAUUCACAUUCUUUUCUAUCAAACACUACAGUUAGCAAUGAACCACCUCUUCGUCUCUUAGGUCAAGAGAUCCGUGCCCGGUUAGAUAACCUUGUCCCUGCUGCUAAUGGAGAUAAGUUUGUAGGCUAUGGCAAGGAUCACCAUUGGACACAUAUAUCUAGUUUGUGGAGACUCCCGUACUUUCAUAAACUAGUACUUCCUCAUAACAUCAAUGUCAUGCACAAUGAGAAGAAUGUUGCUGAGGCAAUUUUCAAUACUUGCUUUGACAUUCCAGACCAAACGAAGGACAAUAUCAAGGCUCGCCUUGAUCAAGCAGCACUUUGUAACAGACCUGAAUUGAACCUCAUCCAAAAACAUGCAUCUAGUCAGUGGGUAAAGCCAAGAGCUGACUUUUGCUUGAAUAGAGCUCAGAAGAAGGAAGUAUUAGAAUGGUUUCAAACAUUGAAAUUCCUUGAUGGCUAUGGGUCGAACCUAAGGAGAGGAGUGAAUUUGAAAACCAUGCGGAUCAAUGGGUUAAAAAGCCAUGAUUACCACGUAAUGAUGGAACGUAUCUUUCCAGUCAAGUUCCGUGGAUACUUGCCAACUCAUGUGUGGGAAGUGCUAGCAGAGGUGAGCUUCUUUUAUCGCAAACUUUGCGCAAAACAGUUUGAUCCUAUAGAGAUGGCAAACAUGCAGUCUCAAGUGCAGCCAAUUGGUAGACUACAAGUACCCAAUGAUCAAGAUUACAAUUAUGUUCCUAAUAGCAAUGUUGUCCACUAUUUCCAAGAAGAUGGUCUAUCCGGCAGUUUUGUAAUCGAUCUUGGUCAAGAACUCAAUAAUGAUCCUGAGCAAGUUGCCAUUAGCAGGGAUACUGAAGAUAUUUGCAAUGACAAGGACUUGAAGCUUCUCAAUGGAUCAUCUAUUCAAGAUGAAGAUGAUGAUGACGAGGAUGAUGAAUCUUAUUGCACUUCCUCAUCUGCUGAAGAUGAUGAGGUUCCCACUAGUAGGGAUAUCUUAUUUGACGAGUAUUUCUAA